AUGCGAAAAUGUUUAGAUCAAUUUAUUUAUGAUGAUAAUUAUGAAAUAACUUAUAAGAUUAAUGGUCAAGGACAAGCUAUAUGCAUAAAUAAUCAUGAGGAUUUUUUAAAUUUUAUUAGUGAAUAUAAAGAACCUAAUAAUUUGACCAAAACGAUGUGUAUUUAUAUUGUCUUAAAAAAUCUGGAUCAAUUUUACAAAAGAAAAUCAGAA